AUGGUCUGGAUCAAGCUCCCUGUACUCCUCGCUGCUGGGAUCUGCUUCCAUCGCAGCAUUACUCCUCCCAAUCCCCCUCCACCCAGAUCAGAGUCAUCGAGUUACAAAGAUCUAUGGUCACAGUCGUGGGUGGCUUGGGGCCCAGUUUUAACCAAGGCUUUAUCGUGGAUCGUGUGCCUCUGCGAAGCACUGACAAUAUAUGCCCGCAAUAUGGAGCAUAGCAGUCCUACCGCUCAUCAGUUGCUCUUAUACCUUCUCAAAAGGCCAAUCCAGUCCACAGCGAUCAGAAUCACUCCUUCAUUCCUUGGUAGCAUGAUCCUUCUGAUCACCUGCGUAUCAAUCCGAAUUCUCUGUUAUCGCGCCCUCGGCCGCUUUUUUACCUUCGAGCUCACUAUCCGGCCCAAGCACGAGCUUGUGAAGACCGGACCCUACGCUUGGGUCCGCCACCCAGGUUACACGGCCAUGAUUCUUGGAUACAUAGGAUCCGUUUUAUGCGCAUUUGGAGAGGGUUCUUGGAUGAGAGAGAGUGGUUGGCUCGAGACUAGGGCAGGGAAAACGUUUUCCUUGUUUUACUUCGUUUGGUAUGUUCACCUCGCUCUAGGCAUGGUCUGGAGGACCGGUCAGGAAGAUAAGAUGUUGGAAGAUAGGUUCGGGACAGAGUGGCAGGCAUGGAGCAGGAAGGUCAGGUAUAAACUUGUGCCAGGCUUCUACUGA